GUGGGUGGGUGGCUCGCCCACGCGGACAGGAGAUCUGGCGUGUAGCGGGUGUGAGAGUGAAUGGGAGCGGAGCGGGCCCGCGCUGGGCAGGGAGGAGCAGCAGCCAGGCCUCCCGGGGGACGUCUCCCGGGCUGCGGGAGCGCAGCCGAGCUUCUUAUCCCCACCCACCUCGCGAGCUCCAGCAGGCAGUGGUGCAUAUAGACAUAUUUCUGGGAGCUGUCCAUGAGCUCAUCGCUCUCCCGGCGCGCGGCGAAGGAAGAAGCCCUCCUCUUUCUCCCCGCGCCACCAGCAGCAGUCGCUUAGCGCGUGUCGCCGGCCCAGCCUGCAGCCCACUCGGCGCGCCAUGGCCCCACGGCACUUCGCGCGGAGGUAGGUGGGCUCGGGCAGCAGCUCUCCACGGGCGAUCGCGGCCAAGGCCGACCUUCUGCGGUCGCCUAGAAGCACGCGGAUCCCCGGGUGAGCCCGAACGCCGCAGGCCGGGAGCGGAAGAGACGAGGACACGCGGGACAGCCGGACUUGACCGAGGGAAGGAGUUCCGAGAGCGUGGACAUGGCUUCUCCCACCUCCCCUGGCCCGGAGGGAGGGGCCUGCACCCCGCAGAACCCCCCGCGGAUCCGUCAGAGCCAAAACAAGUGUGAGAGCCAAACUACAUGCAAUGAAGUCACACAAUCAAGCUGCAUCCAACGCAAGGACCCCAAUGGUGUGCAUCCCGAUGACCAGUCUGACAGCAAUGCCAGCUUCCUCCGCGCUGCCAGAGCAGGCAACCUGGACAAAGUGGUGGAAUAUCUGAAAGGGGGCAUUGACAUCAAUACCUGCAAUCAGAAUGGACUCAAUGCUCUCCAUCUGGCAGCCAAGGAAGGCCACGUGGGCCUCGUGCAGGAGCUGCUGGGAAGAGGGUCCUCUGUGGAUUCUGCCACCAAGAAGGGAAAUACCGCCCUUCACAUUGCAUCACUGGCUGGACAAGCGGAAGUUGUCAAAGUUCUCGUUAAGGAAGGAGCCAAUAUCAAUGCCCAGUCGCAGAAUGGCUUUACUCCUUUGUACAUGGCUGCCCAGGAGAAUCACAUUGAUGUUGUAAAAUAUUUGCUAGAAAAUGGAGCUAACCAGAGUACUGCUACAGAGGACGGCUUUACUCCUCUGGCUGUGGCACUCCAACAGGGACACAACCAGGCGGUGGCCAUCCUCUUGGAGAAUGACACCAAAGGAAAGGUGAGGCUACCAGCUCUGCACAUUGCUGCUCGGAAAGAUGACACCAAGUCCGCCGCCCUCCUGCUUCAGAAUGAUCACAACGCUGAUGUACAAUCCAAGAUGAUGGUGAACAGGACAACAGAGAGUGGCUUCACCCCUUUGCACAUAGCUGCACACUAUGGGAAUGUAAACGUGGCAACUCUUCUUCUAAACCGGGGAGCUGCUGUGGACUUCACCGCCAGGAAUGGAAUCACUCCUCUGCACGUGGCUUCCAAACGAGGAAAUACCAACAUGGUGAAGCUUCUACUGGAUCGAGGUGGUCAGAUUGAUGCCAAAACUAGGGACGGGCUGACACCACUCCACUGUGCUGCGCGGAGUGGGCAUGAUCAAGUGGUGGAGCUGCUGUUGGAACGGAAGGCUCCCUUGCUGGCGAGGACCAAGAAUGGGCUGUCCCCACUUCACAUGGCUGCACAGGGGGACCACGUGGAAUGUGUGAAGCACCUGCUCCAAUACAAGGCGCCUGUCGAUGACGUCACCCUGGACUACCUGACGGCUCUUCAUGUUGCUGCACACUGUGGGCACUACCGUGUAACCAAACUCCUGCUGGACAAGAGAGCCAACCCGAACGCAAGAGCCCUGAAUGGUUUUACUCCACUGCACAUUGCCUGCAAGAAAAACCGCAUCAAAGUCAUGGAACUGCUGGUGAAAUAUGGGGCUUCAAUCCAAGCUAUAACAGAGUCUGGCCUCACACCAAUACAUGUGGCUGCCUUCAUGGGCCACUUGAACAUUGUCCUCCUUCUGCUGCAGAACGGAGCCUCUCCAGAUGUCACUAACAUUCGUGGUGAGACAGCUCUUCACAUGGCGGCCCGGGCCGGGCAGGUGGAAGUGGUCCGAUGUCUUCUGAGGAAUGGUGCUCUUGUGGAUGCCAGAGCCAGGGAGGAGCAGACACCUUUACAUAUUGCCUCCAGGCUGGGGAAGACGGAAAUUGUUCAGCUGCUUCUACAGCAUAUGGCUCACCCCGAUGCAGCCACUACAAAUGGGUACACACCACUACACAUCUCUGCUCGGGAAGGACAGGUAGACGUGGCCUCUGUCCUGCUGGAAGCGGGAGCAGCCCAUUCCUUAGCGACCAAGAAGGGCUUCACUCCCCUGCAUGUAGCAGCCAAGUAUGGAAGCCUGGAUGUGGCAAAACUUCUCUUGCAACGCCGCGCAGCCGCAGACUCAGCAGGGAAGAAUGGCCUUACCCCGCUCCAUGUUGCUGCUCAUUAUGACAACCAGAAGGUGGCGCUGUUGCUGCUGGAGAAGGGUGCUUCCCCUCAUGCCACUGCCAAGAAUGGCUAUACUCCCUUACACAUCGCUGCCAAGAAGAAUCAGAUGCAGAUAGCUUCCACACUACUGAACUAUGGGGCCGAGACUAACACUGUGACGAAGCAAGGGGUCACUCCACUGCAUCUGGCCUCACAAGAGGGGCACACAGACAUGGUCACCUUGCUUCUGGACAAAGGAGCCAAUAUCCACAUGUCAACCAAGAGUGGACUCACAUCCUUACACCUUGCAGCCCAAGAAGAUAAGGUGAACGUUGCAGACAUUCUCACCAAACACGGGGCCGAUCGGGAUGCCUACACAAAGCUUGGUUACACACCUUUAAUCGUGGCCUGUCACUAUGGAAAUGUGAAAAUGGUCAACUUUCUUCUGAAACAGGGAGCAAAUGUCAAUGCGAAAACCAAGAAUGGCUACACACCUUUGCACCAAGCUGCCCAGCAGGGCCACACACACAUCAUUAAUGUCCUGCUCCAGCAUGGGGCCAAGCCUAAUGCUACUACUGCGAAUGGUAACACGGCCCUGGCGAUUGCUAAGCGGCUGGGCUACAUCUCCGUGGUUGACACCCUGAAGGUUGUGACAGAAGAGGUCACCACCACUACCACGACUAUCACGGAAAAACAUAAGCUAAAUGUUCCUGAGACGAUGACGGAGGUCCUUGAUGUUUCUGAUGAAGAGGCCCUUAAGCAGUUUGGUGACCACUUUAUUGAUGGGGAAGCGCUUAGUGAUUCAGGUGAUGACACAGUGACAGGUGAUGGGGGAGAAUACCUCAGGCCAGAAGAUCUGAAGGAGCUCGGAGAUGACUCACUGCCCAGCAGUCAGUUCCUGGAUGGCAUGAACUACCUUCGGUACAGUCUGGAGGGAGGAAGAUCCGACAGCCUCCGGUCCUUCAGUUCCGACAGGUCUCACACUCUGAGCCACGCAUCGUACCUGAGGGACAGUGCCAUGAUUGACGACACGGUUGUGAUCCCCAGCCACCAGGUGUCUGCACUAGCCAAGGAGGCAGAAAGGAAUUCUUAUCGUCUGAGCUGGGGCACUGAGAACUUAGACAACGUGGCUCUUUCUUCCAGUCCUAUUCAUUCAGGCCGCGCCUCUCCAUGUCUUGAUCGUGACAACAGCAGGAGGUGCCUGCUCAAGAGACCUUGUUUCCUAGUCAGUUUUAUGGUGGAUGCCCGUGGUGGUGCCAUGCGAGGAUGCAGACACAAUGGACUCAGGAUCAUUAUCCCGCCUCGGAAAUGCACAGCCCCAACUCGAGUCACCUGCCGCCUUGUGAAACGCCAUCGACUGGCAACAAUGCCGCCCAUGGUGGAAGGAGAAGGCCUGGCCAGCCGCCUGAUUGAAGUCGGACCUUCGGGAGCUCAGUUCCUUGGUAAACUUCACCUGCCAACGGCUCCUCCCCCACUUAAUGAGGGAGAAAGUUUGGUCAGCCGAAUCCUUCAGCUGGGGCCUCCUGGAACCAAAUUCCUUGGGCCCGUGAUCGUGGAGAUCCCUCACUUCGCCGCUCUUCGAGGAAAGGAGAGGGAACUGGUGGUCCUGCGCAGUGAAAAUGGGGACAGCUGGAAAGAGCAUUUCUGUGACUACACUGAGGAUGAAUUGAACGAAAUCCUUAAUGGCAUGGAUGAAGUGCUGGACAGUCCAGAAGACCUGGAAAAGAAACGAAUCUGCCGCAUCAUCACUCGUGACUUCCCACAGUACUUUGCGGUGGUGUCUCGCAUCAAACAGGACAGCAACCUGAUUGGCCCCGAGGGUGGAGUACUGAGCAGCACAGUGGUGUCACAGGUGCAAGCUGUCUUCCCAGAGGGUGCACUCACCAAGCGCAUUCGAGUAGGCCUACAGGCUCAACCUAUGCAUAGUGAGUUGGUGAAGAAGAUCCUAGGCAACAAAGCCACCUUCAGCCCAAUAGUCACUUUGGAACCCAGGAGAAGAAAAUUCCACAAGCCGAUUACUAUGACUAUUCCUGUCCCCAAAGCUUCAAGUGAUGUCAUGCUGAAUGGUUUUGGGGGAGACGCACCAACCUUAAGAUUACUGUGCAGCAUAACAGGUGGAACUACGCCUGCCCAGUGGGAAGACAUCACAGGAACAACGCCACUAACAUUUGUCAAUGAGUGUGUUUCCUUUACAACCAACGUGUCUGCCAGGUUCUGGCUGAUAGACUGUCGACAGAUUCAGGAGUCUGUUGCCUUUGCAUCACAAGUGUAUAGAGAAAUAAUCUGUGUACCAUAUAUGGCCAAAUUUGUAGUAUUUGCCAAGUCACAUGACCCCAUUGAAGCCAGGUUGCGGUGUUUCUGUAUGACAGAUGACAAAGUAGAUAAGACCCUUGAACAACAAGAAAACUUCUCUGAGGUGGCCAGGAGCAGGGAUGUGGAGGUAUUGGAAGGAAAACCUAUUUAUGUUGAUUGUUUUGGCAACCUGGUUCCACUAACCAAGAGUGGCCAACAUCAUAUAUUCAGCUUUUUUGCCUUCAAAGAAAAUAGACUUCCUCUCUUUGUCAAGGUACGUGACACAACCCAGGAACCUUGCGGGCGACUCUCAUUUAUGAAGGAACCCAAAUCCACAAGAGGACUGGUGCAUCAAGCUAUUUGCAACUUAAACAUCACCCUGCCAAUUUAUGCCAAGGAAUCGGAGUCAGAUCAAGAGCCGGAGGAAGAGAUCGGUAUGACAUCCGAAAAAAAUGAUGAGACAGAGUCGACAGAAACAUCUGUCCUGAAAAGCCACCUGGUUAAUGAAGUUCCUGUCUUAGCAAGUCCGGACUUGCUCUCUGAAGUUUCUGAGAUGAAACAAGAUUUGAUCAAAAUGACGGCCAUCUUGACCACAGAUGUGUCUGAUAAGGCAGGUUCGCUCAAAGUGAAGGAGCUGGCAAAGGCCAGUGAAGAAGAGCCAGGCGAGCCCUUUGAAAUUGUAGAGAGAGUGAAGGAGGACUUAGAGAAGGUGAAUGCGAUCCUGAGGAGUGGAACGUGCGUGAGAGAUGAAAGCAGAGCGCGGAGUUCUCAGUCUGAGCGGGAGCUAGAGGAGGAAUGGGUUAUUGUCAGCGAUGAGGAAAUCCAAGAGGCCAAGCAACACGCCCCAGUAGAAAUCAAUGAACACCCAUGUAUAGAGGUCAGAGUAGACAGAGAGACCAAGGCCAAAGUAGAGAAGGACUCUACUGGGUUAGUGAACUACCUCACAGAUGACCUAAAUUCAUACACUAGUCCUCAUGAAAAGAAGCCACACACAGCUCCAGAAAAGUCAGGGGAGACAAGUCAGGCUUCAGCUGUUGGCAAGAGCUCUGAGAGUAAUAAGGGGAAGGCCACCUCAGCCGAGGAGAAACAGAGCGCUCAGAAGCAGCUCAAACCAGGCCUGGCAAUCAAGAAGCCAGUGCGGAGGAAACUAAAAGAGAAGCAGAAACAGAAAGAGGAGAGCUCGCAAGGCAGCGAAGAAAAGACCGAACUUAAGAAAGGUAGUUCAGAGGAGUCGGUAGAUGAAGACCGUGGCCUGGUCCCUGAACCCCUCCCCACUGCCAAGGCCACCUCUCCUCUCAUAGAAGAAACUCCUAUUGGUUCCAUAAAGGACAAAGUGAAGGCUCUUCAGAAGCGAGUGGAAGAUGAGCAGAAAGGCCGAAGCAAGCUGCCAGUCAGAGUCAAAGGCAAAGAGGAUGUGCCCAAAAGGACCACUCCCAGGACAUACCCAGCUGUGUCACCCUCUUCAAAGUCAUCGCCUUCCUCUAAAGCAGAAAGACACUCUUCCCUUUCUUCCUCCGCAAAAACUGAAAGACACACACCAGUGUCACCGUCCAGCAAAAACGAAAAACACUCACCUGUGUCACCCUCGGCCAAAACCGAACGGCAUUCACCAGUAUUUUCAGGUAAACCCGAGAAACAUUCACCUGGUUCCCCCUCAACCAAAAAUGAAAGACAUUCCCCUGUGUCAUCUCUAAAAACAGAACGACACACACCCGGGUCACCUUCAGGUAAGACAGACAAACGUCCACCGGUGCCAUCAUCUGGAAGAACAGAAAAACAUCCUCCAGUGUCACCUGGCAAAACCGAAAAACGCUUGCCCGGUUCCCCUUCUAUAAGAACCCCAGAGAAGCCGGCACCUGGGUCUGCCACUGGGAAACAUGAGAAGCACCUCCCCGUGUCUCCUGGGAAGACAGAAAAGCAGCCACCCAUAUCUCCCACCUCCAAAACCGAACGAAUUGAGGAGACAAUGUCUGUCCGGGAGCUCAUGAAAGCAUUCCAGUCAGGUCAGGACCCAUCUAAACACAAAACAGGACUCUUUGAGCACAAAUCAGCAAAACAAAAACAGCCACAAGACAAAAGUAAAAGUCGGGUAGAAAAAGAAAAAGGGCACACUGUGACCCAGAGAGAAACACAGAGAAUAGAAAGUCAGACAGCCAAGCGUGGCCAGAGAUUCCAGGUCUCGGCAGCUACGGAAUCCAGAAGGUUCCGUUCUACCACCAUCACCGUUGGGCUCAGGAUGGAAGAUCCAGUUAGAGAAAGGUUUGAGAGAACCCCCAUUAUUAAAACACCUGAGGUAGUUCCAUCAGUGGCGGCAGAAGAAAGCCAUCGUGGGAGUGAGAUCCCUCAAGAGAAGAUUGUGGAUGAUCAGGGAGACAUGGAUUUCCAGAUCAGUCCAGACAGGAAAACCUCCACUGACUUUUCUGAAGUCAUCAAGCAAGAGUUAGAAGACAAUGACAAAUACCAACAAUUCCGCCUCACCGAGGACACAGAAAAGGCUCAGGUUCAUUUAGACCAAGUAAUUACGAGUCCCUUCAACACGGCUUUCCCACUAGAUUAUAUGAAAGACGAGCUCCUUCCAGCUCUGUCUUUACAGAGCGGUGCUUUGGGUGGCAGUUCAGAAAGCCUGAAACAGGAAGUGAUAGCAGGCUCACCUUGCGGCAGCCUGAUGGAAGGCACGCCUCAGAUCAGUUCAGAAGAGAGCUACAAACAUGAGGGUCUAGCAGAAACUCCUGAGACAAGUCCAGAGAGUCUUUCUUUCUCACCAAAGAAAAGUGAGGAACAGAUUGGAGAGGCUAAGGGAACUACCAAGGUAGGAACACCCACAGACAUUCAUUCAGAAAAAGAGCUUCCUAUAACUAAUGACAUUACUGAUAGUUCUGAAAAACAAGGUGCUGGGGUCACUCGGGGUUCAGAGCCCUCUACAGAGCAUUCUCAGAAGGAGGGCACCCAAGACCCUCCCAAAGAUGUGUGCUCCAAACAAGAUGGCUGCCCUGAGAGCCAGAGUGUAUCAUUAGCAAAUGAAACACGCCAGGCGUUUACUGAGAAAGGGUCCUGUGGUGAAAAUCAGCUCCCACUUGUUAGUUCAGCUUAUAAGACACAACCAGAAAGUGAAACUCAGGAAUCCUUAACACCCUCAGAAGUGACAGAGGCCUUCCCACCAUCUGAUGCUUCUGUCAAGACAGCUGAGGGAACUGAACCAAAGCCCCAGGGAGUUAUUAGAAGUCCCCAAGGGCUAGAACUUCCUCUCCCUAACCGGGAUAGUGAGGUCCUUAGCCCAAUGGCUGAUGAAUCAUUAGCAGUCAGCCACAAAGACUCUCUGGAAGCCAGCCCCGUGCUAGAAGAUAACUCCUCCCACAAAACCCCUGAUUCUCUGGAACCAAGUCCUCUGAAAGAGUCCCCUUGCAGGGACUCCCUUGAAAGCAGCCCGGUUGAGCCUAAAAUGAAGGCAGGAAUACUCCCAAGUCACUUUCCCUUCCCCUCAGCUAUUGCCAAAACAGAUCUUGUUGCUGAAGUGGCCUCCAUGCGAUCCCGGCUGCUCCGAGACCCCGAUGGCAGUGCUGAGGAUGACAGUCUAGAGCAGACAUCCCUCAUGGAGAGCUCAGGGAAAAGCCCCCUGUCCCCUGACACCCCCAGCUCCGAGGAAGUUAGCUACGAGGUCACACCCAAACCUUCGGAUUCAAGUACACCCAAACCGGCUGUGAUUCAUGAAUGUGCAGAAGAGGAUGACUCUGAGAACGGGGAGAAGAAGAGGUUCACGCCAGAAGAGGAAAUGUUCAAAAUGGUAACCAAAAUUAAAACGUUUGAUGAACUUGAGCAAGAAGCAAAGCAGAAAAGGGACUACAAAAAAGAACCCAGGCAAGAUGGGUCCUCCUCAGCCUCGGACCCCGAUGCUGACUGUUCAGCAGAAGUGGAUGAUGCGAAACAGAUGGAGGGCACAGAGGGUGAGCGGGAGGUCCCUGUCUUGGUGACUUCAGAGAGCAGAAAGGCUUCUUCUUCUUCCUCGGAGAGCGAACCUGAGCUGACACAGCUGAGUAAAGGUGCUGACUCGGGACUUCUGACGGAGCCAGUUAUCCGAGUGCAACCCCCAUCUCCCCUCCCAUCCAGCAUAGACUCUAAUUCUAGCCCUGAAGAAGCAGCACAGUUCCAGCCCAUAGUUCCCAAGCAAUAUACUUUCAAGAUGAAUGAGGAGAUUCAAGAAGAGCCAGCUAAUUCAGAAGAUAAAGAUUGCAAAUCACAUUUAGCGGAAGACAGUCAGACUCAAUCUGCUGAUGCUGCUGAUGGGUCUGAUGAUGACCUGAACAGAGAGACUACUCAGCCAGAGACCUGUGAUGGCCAUGGUUGUGAGAGUGUGAGUCCUAGCAACUCAGCCACUCCUGUCUCCCUAGGAGUUCAGAGUCCAGAGCAUAAAGAUGUCGAUAAGCCCCUGGCCGUUGAUAAAGACUCACUAGCUCACCGGGAUACUUGUGAAAAUGACCGAGAAGAAAGAGCGUUUGAUCCUUCUGGAGUGGAAUCUACUCAAGAAGAUCUUCCCAAUGAAAGCUCUUCCUUGUCUUCUUCUUCUCAUUGCGCGGUACCUGAAGGAAAUGAAUCAGCUAAAGAAAUAGCCUCUCCAUCUUCCCCUGUAAAAGUAGAGGUCACAAUAACUGACCAGGCUUUGGAGAGCAUGUCAGAGGACUGUCCCAUUCAAGACUCAUCUACUACAACUCAAACAGAGAGGUUUGCCAUGGACGUUCCAGUGUCUGAUUUAGCCAAGAUUGAUGAAAAUUCUGAUCCUCAAAUCAUCAGCCCUUAUGAAAAUGUUCCUUCCUCAUCGUUCUUCUCUGCUGAGCCCAGCAAAAUCCAAACAGAUACCUGUCAUAGCACAGUUGUUCAUUCACCUGAAGUGUAUUCUGUCAUCAUCAGAUCCUCUCCUGAGGAUGUGGUAGUGACAAACUCCUCUAACAGAAUUGUCUCAGGUGAAGAAUCUCAUUGUGAGAGCCACGAUCUAGAAACUGAAUCCGAGCAAAAAAGUGCUUUGUGGGCCGUGCAGUCUGAUGCACCUCCCUUGGUUGUAGCACCCACCGCAUCAGAUGCAGCAUCAGUCACUGGGGAACAAUCAAGCAAAGUCAUCAUCACCAAAACGGAUGCUGAUGCUGACUCCUGGAGCGAGAUCCGUGAAGAUGAUGCAGCCUUCGAAGCUCGGGUGAAGGAGGAAGAACAGAAGAUAUUCGGUUUGAUGGUAGACAGGCAGUCACAGGGCACCACUCCUGAUACCACUCCUGCUAGGACCCCAACUGAAGAGGGGACCCCGACAAGUGAACAAAAUCCAUUCCUCUUUCAGGAAGGAAAAUUGUUUGAGAUGACCCGAAGUGGUGCCAUCGAUAUGACCAAAAGGUCCUAUGCAGAUGAAAGUUUGCACUUUUUCCAAAUCAGCCAAGAAUCCAAUGAAGAGACUAUCUCCGAAGACUUGAAGGAAGGGGCCACUGGGGCUGAGCCUCCACAGAUGGAGACUACUAGUGAGUCACUGGAACUUUCAGAACCCAAAGAAGCAAUGGAUGAUGAAGGAGAAUUACUUCCUGAUGAUGUAAGUGAGGAGAUAGAGGAUUUACCUGCCUCAGAUGCUAACAUUGACUCCCAAGUGAUAAUUUCAGCUUCCACAGAAACACCCACCAAAGAGGCUGUAUCCACAGCGGUCGAGGAGCCCCCCACCACACAGCGGAGUGAUUCUCUGAGCACUGUGAAGCAGACACCAUGCCCUGCCGUCCCUGAACCUGUUGGUCAAUUGGACUUUUCCACAGUCACUAGGUCUGAGCGGAAUGAUGAGUCCCCAGAGUCUUCUCCAGAGGAACAGAAGUCUGUGAUUGAGAUCCCUACUGCACCCAUGGAAAACGUGCCUUCUGCUGAAAGCAAAUCCCAAAUUCCUAUCAGGACUCUCCCCACCUUAGUCCCAGCCCCUCCAUCUGCAGAGGAUGAGAGUGCAUUUUCUGAUGAUUUCCCAUCCAGCCUAGAUGAGGAUAGUAAGGAGGAUGGAGCAAAACCAAAGUCCAAAAUUCCCGUCAAAGCAUCCACCCAAAGAACUGAGUGGCAGCCCUCCCCUACAGACAUCUCUCUCCAGAAGACAGCUGUCCCCCAGGGACAAGACACACUAAGCAGAGCACCAGAUGGUAGAAGCAAAUCAGAGUCAGAUGCUAGUUCCUUAGAUGCUAAGACCAAAUGCCCAGUGAAAGCCAGAAGUUACAUUGAGACGGAGACGGAGAGCAGGGAGAGGGCCGAGGGGUUUGAGUCAGAAUCGGAAGAUGGGGCCACAAAACCAAAGCUCUUUGCAUCCCGACUGCCGGUGAAGAGCAGGAGCACUUCAUCUUCUGGCAGAACAGGCACGAGCCCCACCAGAGAGAGCAGGGAGCACUUCUUUGACCUUUACCGGAACUCCAUAGAAUUCUUUGAGGAGAUUAGUGAUGAGGCGUCCAAAUUAGUGGACAGGCUUACACAGUCAGAGAGGGAGCAGGAGCCACCUUCAGACGACGAAAGUAGCAGUGCCCUGGAAGUGUCAGUCAUUGAGAAUCUGCCACCUGUUGACAUUGAGCACUCAGCUCCCGAGGACAUCUUUGACACAAGGCCCAUUUGGGAUGAGUCUAUUGAGACUAUGAUUGAACGCAUCCCUGAUGAAAAUGGCCAUGACCGAGCUGAAGAUCCCCAAGAUGAGCAGGAGCGGAUGGAAGAAAGGCUGGCAUACAUUGCUGAUCACCUUGGCUUCAGCUGGACAGAAUUAGCAAGAGAACUGGAUUUCACUGAGGAGCAAAUUCACCAAAUUCGAAUCGAGAACCCCAACUCCCUUCAAGAUCAGAGCCAUGCACUGCUCAAGUACUGGCUGGAGAGGGAUGGGAAGCAUGCCACAGAUACUAUCCUCAUCGAAUGCCUCACCAAGAUCAACAGGAUGGACAUUGUACAUCUCCUGGAGACCAACACAGAGCCCCUCCAGGAGCGCAUGGGCCGCAGCUAUGCAGAAAUAGAGCAGACCAUUACACUGGACCACAGUGAAGGAUUUUCAGUCCUUCCAGAUGAGCUCUGUGCUUCCAAGGAGAAAAAGGAGCAGGAGGCUUCCAAAGAAAGCGAGUCUAGCGACCACCCACCCAUGGUCUCUGAGGAAGACAUAUCUGUCGGUUAUUCCACAUUUCAGGAUUGCCUCCCCAAAACUGAAGGGGACAGCCCAGCAGCAGCACUGUCUCCCCAAAUGCACCAGGAGCCAGUUCAACAAGAUUUCUCAGGGAAAACCCAAGACCAGCAGGAAUACUAUGUAACAACACCAGGGGCAGAAGUGGAAGAUACUCAGAAGGCCACAGCCGUUCCUGACUCUCUCUGUAAGACUCCUGAGGACAUCAGUGCCCCUCCUGAGGAAGCAAAGCCUUGUCUCCAGACCCCGGUGACUAGCGAACGUGGUUCUCCAAUUGUGCAAGAACCUGAGGAGGCUUCUGAGCCCAAAGAGGAGAGUUCUCCAAGGAAAACUAGCCUGGUCAUUGUUGAGUCAACAGACGACCAGUCUCAGGUCUUUGAAAGACUGGAUGGUGAUGCCGCUUUUCAAAAGGAGCUAACAGAGGAAUUAGGAGAGCUGGAGGCUAGCUCUGAUGAGGAGGCCAUGGUAACUACCAGGGUUGUUCGCCGGAGAGUGAUUAUCCAGGGAGACGAUAUGCCUGACAUACCCCCAGAGACAGUCACAGAGGAAGAAUAUGUUGAUGAGAAUGGACACACCGUGGUGAAGAAGGUUACCCGGAAAAUCAUUAGGCGGUACGUUUCCUCUGAUGGCACAGAGAAGGAGGAGAUUACCAUGCAGGGGAUGCCUCAGGAGCCAGUCAACAUUGAGGAUGGGGACAAUUAUUCCAAAGUGAUAAAGCGCGUGGUAUUGAAGAGUGACACCCAGCAGUCAGAGGUGACUUUGUCUGAACCCAGCGUUCUGUCCAGUACCUCACAGUUUCAGGCCGAGCCAGUAGAAGGCCGUAGAGUCAGCAAAGUUGUUAAAACAACCAUGGUACAUGGAGAACGGAUGGAGAAGAGUCUUGGGGACUCUAGCUUAGCCACUGACCUUCCUUCAGCCAAAGAUGACUUUGAAGAGGCUUUGGGUUACACAGGUAGCCAUAUGAACGUCUACUUGCCCAGUUUAGUAGAGAAUGAAAUCCUGAAGGAGGAUGGAUCAAUAAUUAAGAGGACAACAAUGAGUAAAGCCAGGACACAGAGGAGGGCUGUGGUGAAGGACCAGCAGGGGAAACACAUCACCUUGGAGCACCUGGAGGAUGUUCCCGGAGCACUGGACCAAGACGACCUCCAGCGAGAUCUCCAGCAACUCCUUCGGCACUUCUGCAAGGAGAACACAAAACAAGAGGCCAAAUGAGGAGCUGCCCAGUUCUCACCAGAAACCACAAACCCACUCAAUAUGCAACUUCCCAUUUCUGCACAGGAGUGACUGAAGUGGCCUAAUUACUGGGACCCCGUGACACUUCCACUCUCAGCAAACACACAGCAUCUACUUUUCCUUCUUUCUCCCUGCCCCUCUCUAACUAUAAGCUAAUUUGUGACCAAAGAUAGCAUCCUUCCUUCCGGAUGCUGUAUCCACUAUUUUGAGCAUCCGUGCUAACCUGGGAACUGGCAUCUCUAUCGUUUGCUUCUGCUCAAGCUCCAUGAAACUCCAUGAAUCAGAAGAACUUCACCUGCAGACUUCUUCAAGCGACAGGGGAAUCCUUCCAAGGGUAUCUAUGUAUAAUGUAUAUAGCCGAAAUUCUCAGACGAACAACAGAGUAAAAUUCAAACCACUGCCUGUCAUAAUUACACUGGGCAUCAUGGAAUAAAAGCCUCUAGAUAUUGCUGAACAAUGGUUAAUUAUGAUAUUGCUAACACAAUCGAAUGGUAAUACAGUUCUAUGGAAGAAACACUUCAGACUUAGACACGUCCUUAGAACUUCCAGAGUAGCCAUUUGCUCUUAAAGCCGUCAGGAUCAUAAUCUUGAAGAAGAAUCCCGAGGAGUGGUCUCUAGGACUGGUCAGCCAUAGCCGUUGGCUCUUGGACUGCGACCCUGAGGGAGAGGGAGAAGGACUCACAGGCAAGCAGAUGGAAACAGUGAGGUAUUCUGGUGCUAGAAGCUUCAGGGGUGGUGUUCUAGCACCUUCAGGUGUUUUUGACUUUGGACACGUUGGCAGGGUAUUUUAAAAGCUAUAACUACUGUAGUUUUCCGGUGUUCAUUGCUGCUUUAGCAAACCACGCUGUCUUACUGGUGGUACUUUCUUCUGGCCACUGCACUGUAGAUAAUUCAUUGGAAACAAGAUUUAUGCACCACACAAAAGGUUAAAUGCUGUCACCAUGUUGGAGUGGUUUCUUUUCUUUUCUUUUCUUUUCUUUUCUUUUCUUUUCUUUUCUUUUCUUUUCUUUUCUUUUCUUUUUCCCCACCUCCAAGUUUAUCUUUCCUCUAAUACCUGCAUGUAGUGUCACACACACACACACACACACACACACACACAUCUUCUUAUUACACUAAUGGUUUUCACUCUGAGUUUCUACUUUCUAGCCAUGUCUGCUCUUCAGCUUGCAGAUGAGAUUUUGGGAAAUCCUUGGAAGAUUUGGUUCUCAUUAAUUUUUUUUUUUUGGUUUAUUUAUUUGAAACCCAGACACUCUUGGAAACUGAAGUGCAUUUGUGUGACUUUCUGUUUGUUUUAGAGAAGGGACAAUGACAGUCUGAGUGCUCCCCAUGCCCUAUGUCGAAUCCCCCUAGUGAUUGAAGCUGUGUAGCAUUUUAACAUAUAUAAAUAAAUAUAUUCACAAAUAUAUUCAUAUAAACAGUAUACGUUUUGAAUCAGUUAUUUGUUAAAGAAAGUAUAUUCAAUGAAGAUGAAAUUUAAAAGAAAAAGAAAGAAAGAAAGAAAGAAAGAAAGAAAGAAAGAAAGAAAGAAAGAAAAACAGUCUACCCUCCAGAGACUGAAACUUUUCCAGUCCUAUCUAGCCUUUUCCUGUGUGCAGAACUGACUCUUUGCUCGGAAUGUCAGACACAAACACGACAAACAAUAGCACUUCAUCUUUUAAAGUAACAUUGCCAAGAGAAGAAUUUUCCUGGGAGAGAGGUUUCCCAUCAGCCAAAUCUCCUGAGUCCCUGGCACUAGCACUUUCUGGGGGACUGCGUAGAAACAAAGUGUUCUUUGGCAUCCAAACUGAGAGAGAGAGGCAGGUGGCAGCCCUUUUUGAGAUAUGAGGUGGCCAUCUUGUCAUAUCUUUGCCCUGGAGCUCAUGAAAAGCCUUUCUGUUGUGUUAUUUGCAGUGCAGAUGAUGUCCUUGUGGCAACUUAAUGGUUCUUCACUUUUUUUUCUUCAAUUUUAAUUUUUUUUUUUGCUGUGUUAUCAAAAACUUGAAUACUGUGAGAAGUGAAUUUUCAGUUAAUGAAUCAGCAUCUUGUUCCCAUGGUGAUAACACUAAUUGAAUAUAUCUAUGAGGGCAUGUAUUAGUUAUUGGAAAACAAUACAACACUAACAAUACAUAGCUGCAAUGUUGUAAAAUGGCUGAUUUAACUAAAUAAAAUGUAUAAGUGUUAAA